AUGUCGUUGGUGAAUAUCUGCAGAGACAACAAUGAUCCGUUCUACCGUUACAAGAUGCCGCUGAUCCAGGCGAAGUCAGAAGGUAGCGGAAACGGUAUCAAGACCAACAUCCUGAACCUGUCGGAGGUAGCCACUGCGUUGGCUAGACCGGCGUCGUAUGUGAUGAAGUACUUUGGGUUCGAGCUAGGUGCGCAGACGUCGAUCGACAACAAGAACGAGAGAUACUUGAUCAACGGUCUGCACGACCCGGAGAAGUUGCAGGACAGUCUGGACGGCUUCAUCGAGCGGUUUGUGUUGUGCCCGCAGUGCAAGAACCCGGAGACGGUGUUGGAGAUAGCGGCGGGCGAGAACCUCCAGAGGGACUGUAAGGCGUGCGGUAAGAUCACGAAGGUGAACCCGAGCUACAAGUUGGUGUCGUACAUCCUGAAAAACCCUCCGAAGGACGCGUCGAAGAAGCAGAAGAAGAGUGCGUCGGGCAAGACGGCGUCUGCGAACGUGAUUGGCGGUGGUAAGUCGAUCUCGGACAUUGCCAACAGACAGCAGGGCUCCGGGUCGGGCUCGGCGUCGGGCGAGGACAAGCCGGCGGAGAAGGUGGUUGUGAAGGACGAGGACUGGUCCGUGGACAUGAGCGAGGAGGCCAUCAAGGCGAGGGCCAAGGAGUUGGAGAAGUUGAACAUCGGCGAGGCGAGAGCCAAGUACGAGGACUUCGGCAAGUGGCUGCUCGAGGGCGACGACGGCGAGCUGCCUAACGACGUCGAGAUCUACAAGAAGAUCCUGUCCCUCGACAUCGCCGGCGACAGACAGACGGUCGAGGUGCUUGCCCAGGUUCUUUUUGACGACGACAUGAUAGACCAGAUCGACGCCCACAAGGGUCUUCUGCUGAAGCUCGUCACGGACGAGAAGUUCGAGAAGUCCUUGCUUGGCGGCAUAGAGAGAACCAUCGGCACGCAGCACCCGGAUCUUGUGAAGCAGGUGUCUAAGAUCCUCAUGGCUCUCUACGACGAGGACCUUGUUUCCGAGGACGUCAUCAGGGACUGGGGGUCCCACGUCUCCAAGAAGUACGUCGACAAGGAGACGUCCAGAAACAUCCGCAAGGCUGCCAGACCGUUCUUGAAGUGGUUGGACGAGGCCGACGACGAGAGCGACGACGAAUAG